AUGUCGUCCAGAGUGUCUUCUACCUCGUGGCCCUCGACUGCGGUCCCCAAGGCGGUGCAGGACCUUCUCGACUACUUCUUCUCGCUGAUGGAUACCAACAGCGACGAGGCCGGUUUGAAGCUAAUAGAGGAUAUAUUCACACCCGAGGCUACAUUUAUCUCUUCCAGUGGGGUUUUCAAGGGGUCAGCAGAAAUUAGGGGCUCCCGAAAGAAAGCCUGGGAAUUGGUCGAAUCACGAUACCAUUCGAUCGUGAAAGUAUUUUCCGCCACUAGCGACGGCUCGGAUCUAUUGAUGAUCGGAAGCGCGAUCCUGGGACUUAAGAAUGGCAAGAAGAUUGAGGGAGACUUCAUCGCGCGAGCCGUCAUCGAGGGAAUCGAUACCUUGGAGCCCAAGAUGUCCUUCUUGCAGGCCUGGGGUGUGCGUCUGUUUCUUUGCUCGCACAACCUGACUUGA